CCCCCGCCCCAGGAAAGGGGCUUUCUGCCGCAUUAGUUGCCGGGUUCCUUGCGUGAGCCAUGCAGCCCCCCGUAGUCACUAUGACUGACUGCUCUUUCUUCCUGCGCUCCUUCAAGCAAAGUAAAUCGGCGGUGAGGCUGAAAGAAGAUAUGAAAAAGAUCGCAGUGGCACCGCUGAGCAGGCCGAGGGAGAGCUCUUGCCGAAAAGUCUUUGGUGUCAGCCUCCAGGAACUGCAGCAGCAGGGGCUGAGCAAACAUGGGAUCCCAGCCGUGGUGUGCGAUAUUGUCGAAUAUUUGACUGGACAUGGGCUGAAGCAGGAAGGCCUUUUCCGAGUGAACGGCAACGUGAGAGUGGUGGAGCAGCUGCGAGCCAAGUAUGAGAGUGGGGAGGAAGUGGAGCUGGCUGCAGAGGGCGACAUCAGCUCAGCCAGCAGUUUGCUGAAGUUAUUUCUCAGAGAGCUCCCGGAGCGGCUGAUCACUUCUGUGGUGCAUCCCAAAUUCAUACAGCUCUACCAAGACACCCCAAAUUACUGUCUGAAUGUCAACACUUUGAGGGAACUCUUGUGGCAGCUACCUGAGGCUCAUUAUUCUCUGCUUAAGUACCUUUGCCACUUCCUGAGGAAAGUUGCUGAGCAUCACUCAAAGAACAAGAUGAAUGUUUCCAACCUUGCUACUGUUUUUGGACCAAACUGCUUUCGUGUGUCUUCUGGCUUCGAAGGUAUGAAGGAGCAAGAAAUCUGCAACAAAAUCAUGGCCCAGAUGCUGGAAAACUACAGUUCCUUGUUCGAGUGGGAACACCAGAAGGACAAAGAAAUGCACCCAUGCAGGGAGUUGGCAAAAAUUAUAUUAGUGAAAGAGGCCAGCAGUAAGCAGACCCUUCCUAUCCAUCUGACAAGUGUUGGAAAGGAAGCACCAAAGCCGCAUCCAAGAAACAAGAUCGCAAAGUCCAAACAAGAAGGAUCUUUGGCACAUUUAGUGCCGCAGCCAAGACUGUCAGAUGGAAUUCCCCGGGUUAGCAUCCAUUUAGCAGACAGUGUACGUUCAGAGGCGAUGGAUUUAGCAGAUGAAAUCACCUUCAUGAGCAGUGCUGCAUUCUUCACCAGUUCCCAAGAGGAUGAAAGGCCCAUGUCUCCCUUCUAUCUGAGUUCUCAUGUGUCACAAGUCAACAACAACAACAUCCCUGCUACAGGAGAAUACUUAGAAAAGACCAUCCGGUCAGCUGUCGAACAACAUCUUUUUGACGUCCAUGGCUCUGGUGGUCAAAGUUCUGAAGACUCCGAAUCUGGAACAUCUUCAGCAUCUUCCAGUGUGUCUGCCCGACAGCGGAGACGGCAUCACAAGGAACAGGAUGACGCCCGAAGGAACAGAGAUAUAAACUUGCUGAAACAACCAUCUGUAAUCCUGCAACUUCUUUUAUGUAGGGAGGUCAUCAAUAAAGAGAAUAUUCCUUCUGGCUUCAACAGCAUUGAAGAAUGUAUGCUGAAUGCUCAAGAGGUUGAAAAACUGCAAGAGAACAGCUCUGGAUAUAUCGGAGAAAGAAGUAAGCCAAAGCGACAGAAAUCAAGCACCAAACUGACUGAGCUUAAUGACAACCAGGACAAUCCUCUGACAAUGGAAACACUUGGUUCCUUGAGACCUGUGGACAAAACAGGACCAGACAACAUGGAAGUGUUUCCUGAAGACAGGAAAGAUAGUGAAGGCGAUGGCGAUUCCAUAAGCCAUGCUCAGAAUUCAGUCAUGAAGAUCCAGGAACCUCCAAGCAUUCCUGAAGCCAAACUGCAAAAGAACCAAGAGGGAGACGGUCAGGAGGAAGCCUCCGUGUCCGAAGUGCCUCGGCUGGACCUGACAGCCUUGUGCAGCGACAGCAGCUGGGAAGAGCCUGUCCCUGCCUUCUCCUCCUGGCAGCGUGAUGGCGUAGAUUCCGACGAAGCCCGCCUCUCCCCACAGGCUGGCCGCCUCAUCCGCCAGCUUUUGGACGAAGAUAGCGACCCAAUGCUGUCCCCUCGUUUCUAUGCCUACGGGCAAAGCCAGCAGUACCUGGAUGACACAGAAGUGCCUCCGUCCCCUCCCAACUCUCAUUCAUUCAUGCGGAGAAGAAGUUCUUCACUGGGGUCUCACGAGGAGGACCAGGAAGAUCUGACUCCUGCUCAGCUGACCCGAAGGAUCCAAGGACUGAAGAAAAAGAUCAGGAGGUUUGAAGACAAAUUUGAAGAGGAGAGGAAAUACAGACCAUCACAUAGUGACAAAGCAGCCAACCUAGAAGUGUUGAAGUGGACAAAUGAUCUUGCAAAGUUUCGAAAGCAGCUGAAAGAGUCAAAACUGAAGAUGUCAGAGGAGGACCUGGCUCCAGUAAUGCGCCAACGUAGUAAUACACUCCCCAAAAGUUUUGGCUCUCAGUUGGAGAAGGAGGAAGAGAAGAAGCAAGAUGUGUCUGAUAAAUCAACCAAGCCAGCAGUGGAAGCAACCCUGGAAUCCAUCCAGAAGAAGCUCCAGGAGAAAAGAACUGAGGCAAACCGACCUGAGGACAUUAAGGAUAUGACAAGAGACCAAAUAGCAGCAGAAAAAGUGGCUCUGCAGAAAGCCCUCUUAUAUUACGAAAGCAUCCAUGGAAGACCGGUCACAAAGCAUGAGCGGCAGAUGAUGAAGCCCCUGUAUGACAGAUACCGCUUGGUCAAGCAGAUCCUCUCGAGGGCCAACUCCAUCCCUAUUAUUGGUUCCCCCUCCAGCAAGCGGAGAAGCCCUUUGCUGCAGCCAAUUAUCGAGGGUGAAACUGCUUCCUUCUUCAAGGAGAUAAAGGAGGAGGAAGAUGCUUCUGAAGAGGACACGAAUGUGAAAGCCGAUUUCACAGUCACCAUAAAAUCAGACUUCAGUGUGCGAAGUUUCUUGGACCAGCUGGAAGAGGAUGCAGAUGGCUUUGUUUCUCCAGUGGAUGAUAGGAUUCCUUCCAGAAACAGCCAAGAUAUGGGGAUAUCCAAUCUUCACGCCGCCUCUAUGCCAGAACUUGUCGAGCAGCUUCAAGAGGUCAGAGAAGAGAAAAAGAGGAUCCGAAAAAAAUUGAGAGAUUUUGAGGACAAUUUUUUCCGACAAAAUGGAAGAAAUGUCCAGAAAGAAGACCGUGCUCCUAUGGCCGAAGAGUAUAGUGAAUACAAGAAGGUUAAGGCCAAGCUGAGGCUUCUGGAGGUCCUAAUCAGCAAAAGAGAUAUUGGAUCCAAGAUCAUGUAAUGAAGGCCUGCUUGACCUUGCCAAUAGAGUUAAGAAGUUGACCAAGCCAGAGGGAUGAUUGGUUGAAGAACUCGGAAGAGCCUGAUUCUGUGAGGGCCUUUUUAGCCGCUCUCCCUGGCUGAUGGAAGAGGAGGAAGGAGAGUUGUGCUUCUUUCUUCAGACUUGUGGCCUGUUCCAUCUUCAAGCUGGCCAUCUAAGCCAGCAUGGGGGGCAGGUUCUGACGCACUCAGACUUUGCUCCAGGAGGGUCCUUUUUUGCUACAAUCAUCCUGUGACCUUGUGAAACACUUAGACUAACAGAGUCCAAUUUAUACCUUCUCUGGAGGGUCAGUGCAAGAGUGAUGAACUGGUUUGUGUUAUCAUGAAUCUCCAAAUAAUCACCUGCCAUUGUCAGACCAAUAAACUACCCAGGUCUCUUCUAAUGGGGAGGGGCUCACAUUCUGAGAUGAUUAUAUGGCUUUAAAGUGAGCAGGGGGGAAAGAGAGAUUCUCAGGAUCUCACACUUGACUGCGAUUUUGAUUGCUGGUAUGCAACCUCUUUUAGUUUGCUCAUUGAAUGUGGAACUCAGUAGGAAAUAUUUUGUGCUACCUUGGCCCCUGAUAUGACUUUUUCUUUUUAAGUAAGAGGACUAUUACUUUUUCUUCAGGUUUUUCUUUUUCUGAAAAGUAAUUUCACACCAACUGCCCCUUUUGUUUGUCCAGACAAAAAGAGGAGAAGCUGGGAAAAUGGACCUUGGUAACAGGGUCUUUGGUGGUGGCGCUGAAGCCCUUUUCUGAUACGAUUCUGAAAUUCCUUGGAAACGUCCUAGGAGUUUCCAUGUCUGGAGGUCAGGAACAACAGACAAGCUUUCCUGAAGGAUUCGUCUUUCCACCUGAUGCCAGUUUUCCCUCUUGCAACUGUGGCGCAUUCUACAAUGUCCUCUUGGUUCACGCGGAGCGAUAAGGGUAGCCUAUCAAGCUGCUCCCUUGUAACUUUCCAGAACUUUUUGCAACACACUUUGGUUUGUGGGACGUGUAGAGCUUUGUGCACAGACAAAUAAUUGUGGACAGGUCCUUAAUAAGCAAAACGGGUGAACACCUCCAGAGACUGGGGGUUUGUGAGGGGGCAGGCUUUGAGGUUAUUAACAAUGUGUGCCAUGUCUUCACAACUUCUCUGUUAACCCCAGAAACUGGCAGAUCCAACGAGGGGAUUGUUUUGUUUUUUGUUAAGCCACAGCUGCUUAUGUGAUGAUGAUGUUGCUGUACUCUCAGAUAGCUUGUAUAAACUUGUAGGUACAAUGAUGCACUUUAGAGAGAGAGAGAGAGAGAGAGAGAAAUAUAUAUUUUUUAAGAAAUGGAAAACAAAUAGUAAGAAAGUGUAACCAAAAUUAUACUUUAAGAAAGAAAAAAAAAACAAUCUUUUGUCUACCUGACUGUUUUAUUAUGCCAUUCUUUUAGGAAGGAAAAAUAUGUCUGAAACACAGCUUUAAGAUUUAUCUAGCGAAGCAAGCAGCUAACACAAAAGGAUGUCAUAAUCAGAAACCAUUCCAAACACCAGCACUAGGAAGCUUUGAAAUACGUGUUUGAUAUCAUGAAUAAUUUCCUAUCAAAGCUCAUAGAGCAGCUUCCCACUGUCUGCAAAAAUGUGUUGAAUUAAAAACUUGGAGGCAAAGUACAAAAAAAACCCAUUAAAUUAAUGCUCAUCCAAAUAGCAAUUACUAAGAUUUUUCCCAUCAACAGUGAUAAAAGAAAGUGUAGGACUGGUUCCAAAGAAUGGUGACACUAGUUCUGUGAGCCUAAGGGAGCUUUAGACUUGUUUUUCUCGAGAAGCAGCCCUUUAUGUGACAUGGCCAAUGGAGGCGUGGUGUGUGGCGUGCAGAAAACAGCCCAGAGUUGCUGUCAAUGCUUUCGAUAGAGCUUUCCUGUACAUGUUGACUCAGAAGUGAGCCCACUGAAUUCAGCAGGGCUUACUCUCAGGAAAAUAUUACAGGAUUGCUGCCAAAGUAGCUCUUUGGAUCUCAGUCGCCAUUUUUAACAUGACUUUUAUUUUCUUUCCAAAAUCUCUACUGGCAGGAUUUUUUUUUAACCGAGUGUGAUGUUUCUAGGUCCAGAGUCUGAACUAAUGUGUUCAUGUGAUUUUUUUUCCCCCCUUCUGUGGCACUCAAAGAGAAUGGUGUGUGCCUCUCUUUAUUUCCCAUUUGAUCCCAUUUGAAUGCAUGACUAUAUAUUACAGAAUGCUAAUAUAAAUUAAUGAAGUUGAGACAUUUAUUUUAAAGCAAAAUAAGAAUGAUAAUUAAUGAAGCAUUUACCAAUAUAAAUGAUUCCUAGAAUUAUUUUUUUAAUGACGCUUUGUAAUUUGUUCACAGGCUUACUCUUGAGUGAACAACGAAAUCAUUAGCGAUUUUUUUUUACAUUAAAAGAAACAUGGGGCAAAGAACAUGUCUUCUCCUGAUCGCUUCAUUAGGCUUCCAGGUAUAUCUGUGUCCAUUCAUGCAGAUACUCAUAUCCUGAAUUGUUUUUUCUGUCACCAACUAAAAGCAGUCUUGGGCUCAAGGGGUGGAGGGUAAGUUGGCAGCUUCUCAGCUAGGAUUCCUGAUAAGUUGACUGACACAAGAUGGCCAAUCAGCCUUCGAACAUAGAGCAGCUUCUUACCCAGUGUGUACCGUGGGCUGGUCAGCUAACUGAGAACAAGAACUUUCUGCAGGUUCUUACAGUCUUAUACUCCAUCCUGCAUUCUCCUUUCCACUGUGCAAGGAGAACAACCAUAAGGGACAUUUGCAAAUGGGAACUUCGCUGGCCCUGGAAAUUUAAUCCCUUUACAAAGGGGAUUUAAUUCCCAGGGUCUGGAAAAUCCAAUGGGAUCUUACUGUUCCUUUCUUCCCUUGGAGAGGAGAGAAGGCGGAGGAAGUGGCUGAGAUGGAAGAGUCAUUUAUGUGCAAAUACACAGUCACCAAAAAAAAAAAUAUUACCUUAUCUGUGAAUUUCACCAGAGUACUUUGAAGCAUGCAAGUCUCUCCCCACACACACUGCUUUGCCUUUUGAGUAUGUGUUGGUGAAGUUCCUGGUUCACAGGAUGAGUAUUUGUGGCUACCAUGAAGGGAAGAGCAGCAAUGGAGGGGGAAUGGCUGAGCAACUGUUGUCUAUGCAAAGGAAGCUAAGAAAUGCCUGUUUUCAGGGAUGGCUCAAAGAAGGAUUGUGGCAGGCAAAAGGGCUGAUUUGUCAUAAUUCUCAUACCUUCCUCCUGAGCUUUAAGCUGUCAAAUAAUUCUCCACGUGUAUGCAGAGGUGUCCUCACCAAAUCGGGGCUUUUAAAUUGAUUAAAAAAUGGAUGCAAGGUUAUGUAGAGUGCAUAAGCUCUUAUUCUCUAUCCUUCACAUAAGAAAUGGUCAAAGAAUGUCCUUGUAGUUCUAUCACCCACAUGCCAAACCAUUUUAUCAAAGUGCUUCUGCCACAUUUUUACAGGGAAAUUAUUGCACAUAAGCAAAGCAGCAUGUCCCGAAAUCUUUUCCCCCUCACCUGUUUCUUUUUCUCCUGUGACAUUAACAAAGGCAAGACACAGGUUACUCUUGAGGGCGCUUAAUUCUGUCUGUCCUUGGAAAAAGAGUUUGUCCUCUGGGCAGCUCAUCCUGAGGUCAUCUUCUGUAAGUCUCCUAGGUUUUCUGAAAUGCCUCGGGUUUUGCAAUGGUGGAAGAAACAAGGCGGGAGAUUAGUAAACUUCUUAGGUCUUGGGGGCUAGGAGGUUCUAGCUAAACUCUUUCCAUUCACAAGUGGCGUAUUACACUGCACAGCCCCCUAAGAGCACCUAUUGCUUAAAAUCCUCUGCAUGGCCACUCAAUCUAUAUAGUCCGGAACAACCAGGAAAAGCUUCCUGCAUAAACCCUUUCGAAGUGGGUAAGCCGCCCUCUCCCACUGUACACUUUCCAUGGCUCUUGCCCAAGAAACAUUCCCCAGCAAUUGUGCCUUUUCAUGUUUUAUGUAUGCACAACUUGAUUACAGUUGGAAAGCCGAAGCCAGUAACUGUCUGUCAGACUGUACAGCUGCAGGAAAUCCUUUUGUCAGGCUUCGUUCUUGGUUUGAGAGCAGCUACCCAAUUUCUUCUCACCAAUAAGUUGCUUUAUGCACCAGAUGAAACCUUGUGAGCUUAGUGCUUUGUUUACAUCACUUAAAGUCAGCAAAGUUCCUUCGACACCUGAAUCGUCUUAAAAAUGUAACCUGAUUGACAAAAGUUAUGUGUGUACAUUUUGGUACAUGAUCGUAUUUUGUAUAAAAUGGAGAAAAUAAACUAUUUUUGACUCUGUA